CUCGAGCCCGCCCAGUUAUACAAAGUAACAAUUAGCUCCGUUAGCCAGUUAAAAUCAGUAAAUGGUGAAAAAAAGAAGUUAGAGUUGGUACGGACGAAAAGCAGAAAAGUUGUGUUUGUUCCUACAAGCCUUGGAAAAGAUAAAUCUUAGAGUGAUGGAUUUCGACAGAACAGUUUUGGUGACUGGAGGAUCAGGAUUCAUUGGCUCCCACCUUGUGUGUGCACUGGUCGAAAGGCACCCCGACUGGAGAAUUAUUAACUUUGACAUUUUGGACUACUGCUGCAGCCCCAGGAGUCUGGAGAGCAUUGAAAACAGAGCCAACUACACUUUUAUCAAGGGGGAUCUGUGUAACGCCCAGCAGAUGAAGCACAUCUUCAACACAGAAAACAUUGAUGUCGUUUUUCACUUGGCCGCCCAAACGCACGUCGACACAUCCUUCCAAUGCCCGUCCUCCUUCCACCGAGUGAACAUCGUUGGAACCAGGGUCUUGCUGGCUGCCGCUCAUGCGGCCCGCCAUACGCUUCAGCGCUUCAUCCACGCCAGCACCGAUGAAGUAUACGGAUCAAGUCAGAAUGAGGUAUUUGAUGAGAGCAGCCCAAUGAGUCCUUCCAACCCUUAUUCUGCCUCAAAGGCAGCUGCAGAUUACCUGGUCCGAUCCUACUGGGACAAAUAUAAGUUUCCUGUCAUCAUCACCAGGAGCAACAACAUCUAUGGACCACGGCAAUACUUUGAGAAGGUCAUUCCCAGGUUUGUCACCCUUUUGGUGAACGACAAGAAAUGCACCAUUGCGGGAACCGUCCCGAAGUCCCGCCAUUUCAUGUACGUCGACGAUGUGGUUAACGCCUUCCUGCUGCUAAUGGAGAAAGGCGUGAAGGGAGAAGUCUACAACGUAGGUGGAAGUUCUGAGAUUGGCAUACUGCAACUGGCCAAGGAGCUUAUUAGGAUGGUGAGGAACGUGCCAGAUGUGGAGGUGAACGACUGGUUUGAGUACGUGCCAGACAGACCCAGUGUGGACAUCCGCUACCCUAUCAGCUGUGAGAAGCUGCAGCGGUUAGGUUGGCGAGAAAACGUGCCGUGGUCUGAUGGCAUCAGAAAAACUGUCAAAUGGUACCAGGACAACCAGGACUUCUGGUCAGACGCAGCAGAGGACAAGGCUUACAAAUAGAGGACUCAUCUUUCCCCUCCAGCAGUCUUUCUCAAAGGGCGGCGGCGUGUGUAAUCUCUGGAAACAUUUUUAUUUCAUUUUUUUACGUACUUGGCUUCACUGUGACUAUGGGGAAAGAUUGGUGUGUUUUCUUUAAUGUUAAAAAUGACACAAUGUUAUGCAGAGAUGUACUUAUAAUCAUUUUAUAGACAAUACUAUUUUUAUCUAUUUAGGUGAAGAAUGAGGGAAGAUGUACCAGCUGGAAAAGCACUUUAUGUACAGUAGGCACAGUUUACACAUUACUGUACAAUCACCUGACCAAAGCGACAUACAGUGGGGCAAAAAAGUAUUUAGUCAGCCACCGAUUGUGCAAGUUCUCCCACUUAAAAUGAUGACAGAGGUCUGUAAUUUUCAUCAUAGGUACACUUCAACUGUGAGAGACAGAAUGUGAAAAAAACAUCCAGGAAUUCACAUUGCAGGAAUUUUAAAUAAUUUUUUUGUAAAUUAUGGUGGAAAAUAAGUAUUUGGUCAACCAUUCAAAGCUCUCACUGAUGGAAGGAGGUUUUGGCUCAAAAUCUCACGAUACAUGGCCCCAUUCAUUCUUUCCUUAACACGGAUCAAUCGUCCUGUCCCCUUAGCAGAAAAACAGCCCCAAAGCAUGAUGUUUCCACCCCCAUGCUUCACAGUAGGUGUGGUGUUCUUGGGAUGCAACUCAGUAUUCUUCUUCCUCCAAACACGACGAGUUGAGUUUAUACUAAAAAGUUCUAUUUUGGUUUCAUCUGACCACAUGACAUUCUCCCAAUCCUCUGCUGUAUCAUCCAUAUAUCCAUUUUGGUAUAAACACAACUCGUCGUGUUUGGAGGAAGAAGAAUACUGAGUUGCAUCCCAAGAACACCACACCUACUGUGAAGCAUGGGGGUGGAAACAUCAUGCUUUGGGGCUGUUUUGAUCCGUGAUAAGGAAAGAAUGAAUGGGGCCAUGUAUCGUGAGAAAUCUCCUUCCAUCAAUGAGAGCUUUGAAUGGUUGACGAAAUAUUUAUUUUCCACCAUAAUUUACAAAUAAAUUAUUUAAAAUUCCUACAAUGUGAAUUCCUGGAUUUUUUUUCCACAUUCUGUCUCUCACAGUUGAAGUGUACCUAUGAUGAAAAUUACAGACCUCUGUCAUCAUUUUAAGUGGGAGAACUUGCACAAUCGGUGGCUGACUAAAUACUUUUUUGCCCCACUGAACAUAACUGCACUUUAACUCCAGCUCAGGUACCAAACUUAACAGAUUAUACUGUAUUUUACUGCGAAUGAAGUAAGGUCCUUCAAUGUCUGAAUGUUUCUGUUGGAAUUAAAAAGGAUGCGGGAUAGUUUUGCAAAUCCAAACCUUUAAUUGUGGUAAAAUCACAACGGAUGCACAAUAUUGUUUUUGUUUUUUUCUCCUCAGUGUAGUGCUCCUCUUCGUGCACAACUGCUAAACUAAUACAUAAAGCAAAUACUAACUAGCAGGCUGGUGGCGCUGUGUGUCCACGCUGAACUGUCUGGCCAGUCACUGAAGGCGACAACAGGCUUCAUGCGACAUAGUUUCGCAAACGCCACAAAUUUACAAAAAAAAAAAAAAAGGCGAGAUAACACCAAAAAGUAUUUGUUGUCGCCACUUCACCUCUGUCUGCUUGUUGUAGCUAUUUGUGUUUCUCUCCAGAUUGCCUCUUACAAACAACUUAAAGGGCCAGCAUGUUUGCAAACAUUUGGAGUACAAAAGGCUGCAAAGGGAGACUUCUCCCCGACAUAUUGCGCUGUGGCCGUAUUGCAUUCUGGGCCGCAGCGACAGAAGAGCUACAACGGUAAAAAACGGCAAACGAGACAUUUUGACUGUCGUUUGCCAAUUUAAUUUUGUCUGACUGGCCGGACGCUCAGCUGUGAGCGCUGUGCCUGAAAAUAUGCAGAUCACAACAACAUAGCAAUAGAACCACAGGUAACUCUGUGUUAUAGACUUUGAACACCCCCACUUGCUAAUAGACAAUCACACGAAGGGUAGUAAUAGGAAGGAAAAGUGUCAAAACAAAUGAACAACAACAAAAAAACUGACUUGGAGCGAAUCUGGACACUUUUUUUUUUUUUUCUUACUGCAUGUUUGUUUUUUUUACAAAAUGGUUUUUGAUUCUUACAAUUUAAUCCAAACCUUGGCAUAUUUGGUGGAAUUAUCUCAAAUUAUUAUUGUUUUGGCCAAUUGCAAAUGGCUGCUAACAGUGUAUUAUUAUUAUUAUUAUUAUAUCAUAUGAUUGGUAUCUGAACCUGUUUAUAAACAGGUCUGUGGAUCUGAUAAGAGUCCAAUGAGACUUUCAAGGUAAUCGGCCUCUCUCCAUAUGUCACAUCAGCUGAUGCCGAGUCUGUAACAGUUUGUGAUAUGACAUAGUCAGAGAAACCCGCUUACACGGUUAUUAAAAAGCUCACACUACCCCAGAAAAAUAGAAAUUUCCACUCACACCGAUGACAUUCAACAUUCAUGUGCCAGUGUUUUUGUUCACUGUCUUUUGGUCAAGUCACUUGUUAUAUUUUUUUUUGUUUUUUUUCUUUAAACAUUUGAACUAGGCUUAUAAAAAUAAAUAUUUCUCAAAAAUGUCUGAUAAAUUACACAAACUAGCAGCGCGAUCGUAGACUCGAGAACUCUGGGUGCAAACAGCUGGAUCUUGCCAUUGUUAAUUAACUACAACUCAAACCGGUGGGCGACUCGCAUCCUUUCGCACACACGUCACUAUGAAAGAGUCGUUCUUUCACGACUAAAACAUUCACUCAUACGCACCUCUUCAGAGGCGUUGAAGGAACUCUGCUACAGGAUUUGUCGGAAGUUUUUUGUUGUUUUUCUUCUUCUUCCCGGUAAAACUAAGUAGGAUUCUCAGUCUCUACAAACAGAAAGGCCUGAGGGCCGCAGCAAAGGGAGCUUAGCACCAUUAAAUCGUUCCUCGUUACCACAGAAGCGUUGGGUUCUCUGCCUCGGUGGUGCCAGACGCAGCCAACGUCAUGGUUCCACUGUAUAAAGUGCAACCACCACUUGUAUUAGAUCCCUCUUGAAUUUAAGGCAUCAAAAGGUUGAGAACAAACUGAGGCGUAUCAUGAAUUGCAAUGGACCACACUCUUACCACCAAAUGGCGAUUACAGACACGGGGGGGAUAAAACGACAACAGAGCCCUCGGCUACACGCGAGCGACUGUGCAAUUGGCACGUCCAUAAGUGCUCGGAGUGAAAUGCUAAGAAUAGCAGGCUAACCUGCAAGGAAGGAACAGUGUUGAAGUUGCAGGUUUCUGAGACAUCAAACCAGCAGCUGAAGCAAUCCGAAAAGGAACAACUGUGUGAAACGAAAAACGCAGCCUUUACAACACACACACACACACUCUUCAGUCUCUACGGAGUCAUCGCAAGGCACCGAGGAGUUUGUGAUGGCAAAGCGCAAGCAAGCCACGAAAAGGGUCUCUGUUGAACGAGCUCUGUAUGAGGGGAAGAAGUCGGGAUUUCGGGGUACAGGAACUGACGUGUGCAUCGGCCUUAAAAAGUGAA